GGAGGUAGGUGUCUGCUCGGUCCAGCACCCCCUUGCUCACACAAGAUGGCCACCGCAUACUGCUGCCUCUCCCUGUUUCUCCUAUCCACUUGGGUGGUUCUGCUGCUGCAGCCCCUGCAGGGUGCCUGGGGAGCCCCAUUGGAGCCAGUGUACCCAGGGGACUAUGCUACACCAGAGCAGAUGGCCCAAUAUGCAACUCAGCUCCGCAGAUACAUCAAUACGCAAACCAGGCCUAGGUAUGGGAAGAGGGAAGAGGCGAACACAGCUGGACUUCCUGGGAUGCAGCUUCCCCUGUGCUCCAGUCCCCUGGUUGGCUUGACUCCCUGUUCAGCUCCCUGGAGCUAAGGGUAGGGAGCUCAGCACAACAGACCUGUAGGGUCUUGUUUCCUGUCUGUGAGUGCAGGACAGCACUGGUCCAGCUAGUCCCUCUGCAUUCCCAUAACAACUUGCUACCUUUCAAACUAAAUAAAGCAAAUUA